AUGCUCGCGCUGGCGCAUCCUUACGAUCCAUCUUCAGAGGUCGCACAUAGAGCUUCUUCGUCUUCCAUACCUCGUCAGAGGCCCUCACACCGGAAACCUUCCUCUUCUUCAUCUUGCUCAGCAUCGGCCUCGUCUUCGAGGCAUUCUUCUUUAUCAACUAUGCCAUCUAUAUCAACGAGUACAACGUCUCGCCACGCACAAAGCUCACAGGAGCACCAUCAUCAACAACAGCCACCACCACCACCAACGCACAACUCUGCUCGCCCACAGCAACCAAAACUCUCCGUGUCAUCGUUCUCGUCGACCUCGACAUCAGCAAAAGCAGCGAGUAUCCCUGUACCCCCUGUGGUCAAUACUGCUGGGACAUUUGACAUUCAUUCAUAUCCUUCUAUCGACCUCCUACGUCUUCUCGCUUCCCUUCUUUCUCAAAUCGCGGCGGCAAAUGACAAGCUAGACUCUCCCUCCUCGGUUUCGCUGACACAAUCGCAUUCAGUUGUACCAUCUUAUGCACCACCUUCCCCUUCGAUAGAACAUGCGCCAUUUUGGCGCACCCUAACCACUGCAUCCCGGUCCGCCCUCGCCACACCGUCCUCCACGCUCACUUUUCAUGCGCGAAAUAUACCCACAAUUACAUUGGAAGCUUAUUUGCUUAGGAUCCUCAAGUAUUGUCCGACAACCAACGAGGUUUUCCUAUCCCUGCUCGUGUAUUUCGAUCGCAUGUCUAAACUGAGCGCCGACGCCACGGGAAAGACAUUCGUCAUUGACUCCUAUAAUAUUCAUCGCCUGGUCAUUGCUGGCGUUACUGUCGCCAGUAAAUUCUUCAGUGACGUUUUUUAUACGAACUCGCGCUAUGCCAAGGUUGGAGGUCUACCCCUGGCGGAGUUAAACCAACUAGAACUUCACUUUCUACUCCUCAAUGACUUCCGACUGGUCAUUCCCAAAGAUGAAAUGCAACGAUACGCCGAGCAGUUGAUACUGUUUUCGACCUCGACCUCUCCGAGUUCUAGUCCUCCUACCGCUUCACCCGACAGUGUACAUGUGCAUUCAAGCAUACGACCCGACCACCCAAAUCCGUCCCCGGGUUCGACUUCAUCCACAUCCGAUAUCUCUACUUACUCUUCCUCUGGGUCGUCCACUGUCGUACGUGGCAGCAACACAUCCCCGUCGUCUUCCCACACAGGAUACGAACCUAUACCCGAAACCAGUGAAACUCAAAGUUUGAGAAUGUGUGUUAUGGGUGCUAUCGAUGCUUACGGUGGGAAAAUUCCUGGCGCUACGUCGACGGCGACUGUUCCAGGAGCUUAUGCUACCACUGAUAGUACUACCACCACCACCAGUGCGAAGGUUGUGACAGGCAGUGCGAGCAUUCAUAGGGAUACUGGGUUUGGACAUGGAAUAAAUGGCACGUCCGUGAUGAAAACGCCCCGAAGAGGUUCCGAUGCGUCGUCGGUGUAUUCGGUCUCGUCCCAGUCUGAUGUCGACACGGAGACUGAGGGUGAGACCGAGACUGACGGAGGGUGGACUACGGAUGAUGAACCUACAAUUAGACCAGCUGGGCAUCGGGGCAGUAUCUGUGGUAGUAUCAGUGGUGACUCGAACAGUUCGUGUAGUUUUGACGAGGUUGACAGUAGAGAUACAGAGGUUGAUGAUGUUGGAAAACAUGAUGUGUCAAGUAGAGCUUUGAGAAGGAAUGGGAGGAGUGGUGGUUCAGAGGGAGACGAGGAGGGUGAUGAUGAGAAAGAGGAUGAUGCGGAGGAGUCUAUGGAUUUUGAUGAUGAAGGUGGAAGUAAUAGGGCUAUGGUUGUGGAUGUUGAACGGACACCGGAUUCUGAAAGGAUUCGGAGAGGUGGGGAGGGAGUUGGCAUCGACGUCAACCGUAGCCAGGGCAAGAUACCGCCUGUCAGUGGUUGGGCAUAGAAUGAAAUGGACUGCCUUACGGAGGGUGUCCAUGGGUGUUACUCACGCCGUGAUACGAUGAAGCGGGCCAUACGAACUUGGUGGGUGGAAAGACGACAGUUCGUCCACGAAAGCAGAACAUGGGUAGGGUCAGAGUGGGAACGCCUCACCACAAGGUCGAUUUCGAAUUCCGUUGAGGAUGACUCGAAAUAACGGAAGGCCCGGGUCCCCAGGGUCGAAUGCUAUUGACGGUCCCCAUCAACUGUAACAUCAGCAGUUCCUGGAUCGGAUCGAUUUGAAAAGCGCUACCAUACUUCUUUUCUGCAAGGCCCUUUUUCACCCUUGGAUGCUGAAAACAAAGUGUGCGUGCAGUUGCGCGUGUGAUAAGAGUCGUGGAUGUGUGGACAUGGAGGAACUGUUUCGUUUUCUCUUCUUUUUGAGUAUCUCUGCUGAAUCAAUGAACUUUUAUGAUUUCCUUGCAGAUUGUCUAUUCGUGUACAUACGGGUUUUUUUUACUUUAUGUAGCUCUCCUCUUAAACUUUCACACAUCUUAUCCUCACCAAUAGUUCAUGGCUGAUUGACUCGACUCUUUUUUUUUUUAUUCUGGGUUUUGAUAGAUUAUUGCAAUAAUGUAAAUGAUUAUGACUUC